AAGGUGGAUCGCUGGAGAAUUAGACCAGCUUGAUUCUCAGGCCCGCGGAUCUUGAUAGUGGGCCACCUUUUUGCGUGAUCGGUUGUAGCUUAAUCUUGCUUACAAGUAUUACUGGUUUUCGAUUAUCUCCUCAAAACCCCAACAUUUUUUUAUUUGGAAAUGGGGUGGGUGCUCCUGCGAUGAUGGACAGAGAGAGAGUGACAGCACACGCAACCGGACGGGCAUUCCUCGCUUUUAAAUGAAAUUGAGGAACAUAGCAGGCCAGCAAUCUUCUACUCCAAUGGCAGAAUUCCAUGGAAUAGGUUAUCAUGGGCUUGGUGAAGAAGAAGCUCCGAGAUUAGAGAAUAUCAGGAAGGUUUCAGUGAUACCCCUUGUUUUUCUAAUCUUCUACGAGGUCUCUGGUGGCCCUUUUGGAAUUGAGGACUGUGUUGGUGCAGCUGGCCCACUUCUAGCCCUUCUAGGCUUUCUGGUUUUCCCAUUCAUAUGGAGCAUUCCAGAAGCCCUUAUAACUGCCGAGAUGGGCACCAUGUUCCCCGAGAACGCAGGUUAUGUUGUUUGGGUCUCAUCUGCUUUGGGACCUUACUGGGGCUUUCAGCAAGGUUGGAUGAAAUGGCUGAGUGGUGUCAUUGAUAACGCUCUAUACCCAGUUCUGUUUUUAGAUUAUUUGAAAUCAGCUAUUCCGGCAUUGGGUGGGGGUUUACCAAGGAUGUUUGCCGUGCUGCUUUUGACAGUUAUGCUCACUUAUAUGAACUAUAGGGGAUUGACUAUAGUUGGAUGGGUUGCUGUGUCUUUGGGGAUUUUUUCGCUCCUUCCCUUCGUCAUUAUGGGAAUAAUUGCCAUACCGAAAUUGGAACCAUCAAGAUGGUUGGUCGUUAACUUGCACACGGUGGACUGGGGUUUGUUCUUGAACACACUUUUUUGGAAUCUAAACUAUUGGGAUUCGAUCAGUACUCUUGCAGGAGAGGUUCAAGACCCAAAUAGGACUUUGCCAAAGGCACUCUUUUAUGCACUGAUCUUAGUUGUCUGCGGGUUCUUUUUCCCCCUUCUGAUCGGCACGGGAGCUAUUAGGCUUGAUAGGGAAAAGUGGACUGAUGGGUAUUUCUCGGAUAUUGCAAAAAUGAUUGGUGGGGUUUGGUUGACAUGGUGGAUACAAGGGGCUGCUGCACUGUCAAAUAUGGGAAUGUUUGUAGCUGAAAUGAGCAGUGACUCUUUUCAACUUCUUGGGAUGGCGGAACGGGGGAUGCUUCCUGAGUUAUUUAGAAAAAGGUCUCGUCAUGGAACUCCUCUUGUGGGGAUCUUGUUCUCUGCGUCUGGUGUGGUUCUGCUUUCUUGGUUGAGCUUCCAAGAGAUUGUGGCCGCUGAGAAUUUCUUAUACUGUUUUGGGAUGAUAUUGGAGUUCUUGGCAUUUAUUAGGUUAAGGAUGAAGUACCCAACUGCCUUGCGACCUUAUAAAAUACCUGUGAGUACGGUUGGUGCCAUUUUACUGUGUAUUCCGCCUACUGUAUUGAUUUGUGUGGUUUUAGCUCUUGCCUCUUUGAAAGUUAUGAUUGUUAGCUUAUGUGCCGUGGUUAUUGGGCUUGUUAUGCAACCAUGCCUGAAAUACAUUGACAAAAAGCGAUGGGUCAAGUUCUCCGUAAAUUCCCACCUCCCCGAAUUCCGUCCUGCUGAACAGGGACCAUUGCAUCUGUGAUGGAUGAAUCAAGCUUCAAUCUGGGAUCCAAAACAACAAUCCUUUUAGUGGGCUCAAAUUCAUGCAGGCAUACAUCUCCACAGUCUGCAUAGUUAGAAUCUCUAUUCCCAUUUUGACUUCCUUCUAGGGGAGCUAGCUCUGUUAUUAAAGUAAUUGAGUCUUGAGCAGCCUCUUGUUGGGGUCACAUAAUCAUGUAAUUUUAGAUUACGUACUCUCUCUCUCUCUCUCUUUUAUUUUUAUUUUUUUUAGAGACCUACUAAUGCCUUAUGUUGCUUGUAUGCUUUUAACUUAAAAAAAUAAAAUCUCGAUAUGCUUUUAUCACUAGGCUGAGGCCUGUGUUCAA